CAUUUUUACUUCUGUGUGAAGGCAAAAAAAAGCCCUAGUGUGUAGUCGGCGUCGGCGACCAUUUCUCUCUCUAGAUCGGCUAUGGCUUCUCCCGUAUUUUUCUCCGUCAUCUUCCUUAUGUUCGUCCUUUUCCAUCAGAUUACAGCUCAAGGUGGGGUCAUUUUCGAAGACGGCUACACAGUCAGCACAGUCCUCGACGGCGACAAGUCAAACGUCAAAGUCAACCCUCACUCUAUCCUCCACCAAUCUCCGCCGUCCGAUGCGUUUGUCCUCCUCGACUCCGUUGCCAGCACUUUCUACACUGUAUCGCUGCCCACAACCUCCAACGAGACUGUUAUAAAGAGCUUGGCUGGAAAUGGCAAGCCUGGGUUCAUCGACGGUGACUUGGCUUCGGCAAGGUUUAAUAAGCCGAGGAGUUUCGCAGUCGACUUCAACGGGAAUGUGUAUGUUGCAGACAUGUUGAAUCGUGCCGUUAGGAAGAUCACAAAGACAGGUGUGACCACAAUUGCUGGAGGUAAUUCACAAAAUUCUGGCCGUACGGAUGGCCCUGCACGCGAUGCAUCGUUUUCAAACAACUUCGAGCUGACAUUCAUUCCCCAAAGAUGUGCUUUGAUGGUCUCCGACCAUGGUAACAGAUUAAUCCGUCAAAUAAAUCUGAAAGCAGCUGAUUGUAAACGGCAAUCUGGAUCUGUUCUAGGAACCACUUCUGCAUGGCUUCUUGGUUUGGGACUAUCUUGCCUACUGAGCCUGAUUCUUGGUUUUGUCAUCCGCCCAUACGUAAUUCCCUAUGGAGGUUCCGAUCCCCGUCACUCGUCCAGCUGGACACAAUGCCUAAUGAGUCUGGAGAAACAAACUUUGAUGCUUUGCUCAGGCAUCAGAAGCGUACUUGCUAAAUCAACCGUGUGUACGUUUUCUAAGUACAUUGUCUUGUUGAGUCUCUCUCAGUUAUCUCUCAUGUUUAGACCUUUGAUGGUGAAAUCUCGUAGUACUACUAGUUGUGCGAAAUCGGUGUCUUUGCUCGACAUGGAUGAAGUGUGUAGCGGUAGUGGUAAUAGUAAUAUAAUACCACCUUUGAUGGUGGAAUCUCGUUGUACUAGUUGUGCAAAAUCGGUGUCUUUGCUGGACCUGGCUGAAGUAAAUAGCGGUAGUGGUAAUAGUAAUAUAGGUAUCUCGUCCGAGAUAGAUGACCAGUUAAAGGAUAUGAUUAGUUUUGGUGGGGGUCUGGUUUUACCUGCGAAUGGUAAUAACGAAACGGUGGAGCGAAAAGAAGAAGAGAGAGAAAGCAGUGACGUUUGGAUGAGUGAGAAGGAGAGGGUAGAUUGUAUGAUAGUUGCGAAUUUUGUGAAGUUUGAAGAGGAAGCUUCUAGAGAUUAUUCACCGGAGUCUCUGCAGUGCAGCUUGGGUUUGAUCAAGAGGAGAUGAAAACAUUAUGCUAUGCAUCUUUUCUAGUAAAUAUUUUAAUUAUCUUAUUAGAGCUUUUGCCACUUUUUUUUUUAGCUUUCAUGUGUAAUAAUACACUUAUCUAGGUGUGGAAAUCGGAACGGGAUUUUCUAAUUUCGUCGUUUUCGAUUCUUUUGGAUCUUUUUGGAACGAACCGUU